UUUUUGGAAAUACAACACAAAUAUUUGCUUUUUGCAAAUAAAUUUUUAAGCAAAAAUAUACAAAGAACAAAAAACCGAUAAAUAAAACGCGUUUAUUUUGUGUGAAUACAGUGAACUUAAAGCAACAACUACAUACGAAAAAAAACAACACAAAUAUAUUCUUAGAAAAGAGAAUUUAAUUAUACAUUUGUUGUUUAAUCUAAAACGAUAAUUACGGAUUAAAGUGCAAAAAAUACAAAAGAAUUUUAUAAGUUUAUAAUAAAAUUAAAGGCAAAGUCAAAAAAAUAUAAUAUUUAAGUGAAGUGUGCUCAAGUGAAUUUCAUAAAAAAAGCCACAGAAAGAAAGGAAAAAACGUGCAAAAGUAAAUAUUUAUUAAUUUAUUUUGGAUAAAGAGAAAUAAUUGUAAAUUAGAAAUUUAACCAAAAGAAAAAAAACAACUACGCAAUUUAUACUUCAAUAAUUUUCAUCUUUAGUAAAAGCGGCAACAUUUUAUUUUCUUUAAAUAAUCAUUAUAAAUAAUUUAUGCGUGUCUACAGCUUGUAAUUCUUCUUCAGCAAUAGCAGCCACAGCGACAACAAUAAAAAAAAGAUUUUACCGUAUAAUUUUUGGCAAAUUUUACAAAAACAAUAACAACUAUUAAAUCAAAGCAAAAAAAAAUACAAAAACAGAUACGUUGUCAAAAUCAUUAAAUACAGACACAAGCUCGGGGCCAUUUAUUGGCCAAGGAGGUCAUUGUUAUUUAUUAAAACCAAAUAAGAAGCAAAAUAAAAACAGAAUUAAGAAAAAAAAAUAUUUAAAAUUGAAAGAAAUAAAACAAAAGACCAAUAAAUGCUUCUUUAGGAAGUAAAAUAAAUAACAACAACAGUACAAAUAUUGCGUUCCAAAAGUUAUAACGAGGAAUACAAACUACCGUUGCUGUUGACGCAUUUCUGGACGCAGCUAAAGAAAAGUAAUUAUUUGAGAAAUACAACAUUUGAUUAAGGAAAGAAAACAAAAAAAAAACAAUCGUUAAAUCCAAACAAGGAGAAGACAACGUUAUUGAACUGUGGAACAGUUCGGAAAACAGUGUAUCAUACAUUUUAUACAUUAAGGGGUAGGAGGUCGGUCAGUUUUUCCAAACAAUUUGGCUUUGUUUUACGCCUACGCGGCCUUAAUUCUUCUGAACAACAACAUCAGCAACAAUAACAACUACAAAAAUUGUUAUUGUUAAAAACAAUCCACAAUAAAACAAACGCAGCGAGAGUGACCUCCCACAAACAUCCUCCUCAUUCUCCUUUAGCUAUAAAUAAAACGCAUCAUUCAAAAUGAUCUCGAAUAAAAAAUACGCAAUGAAAAUGUUGCAAUUGGCUUUGGCCUUAAGUCUGCUGAAUGUGGAUCCCGACAAUUAUUUGCAGCAAAGACUGCGUAACUGGGAUUCCCAACUAGAGCUACGGGAUGGCGAUGGUUGGGAAUUGGAAAUGUUACGGGCAGUGCCCAUGGUGGAAUAUCCAUAUGCCAAUCGCAAGACUAUGAUGCCUUUAAUUGAGGAUUUAAUACGUUUCGAUCGACAAAGUGAUCAUCUGGCGAAUCAGUACAAUGUUACAGCAUAUUUGCUAAAUGUCUCCAAUGAAAAUUCCAAUCAAACGGCGGCCAUGCAAGAAAUGCAAGCUAUACCAGCCACAUCCUCAAAUAACAAUCCCUCUUCAGGUUCUUCAGCAACAACAACAAGUUCGUCUGCACUAGAUUCUAGCACGGCUACAGUUAGUUCUGUCGUUACCGCUCCGGGGGCCACGAAUGCAAGUCAUAUCAAUAACUUGGACAACUCUGAAAUGGAAUUAUUUUUAAAUGCGGAAAAUUUUCAAGAUCACCGUUCGGUAUGGGAACAAAAUUUGGCCGAUCUAAACGAUUUCAAUGACUUGCCUAUAUUGAAUUCUCAUUAUGGCAAUUUGCCGUUAAAAGAUGGCCAACAGGAUAAUAAUCUAUUUGAUUUACAAUUAGAUGCUUUUCUACCCACCAUACGUAGCUCAGCAUCUACUUCCGAAUCAGAAGGUGCAGUAGCUUUAAAUGAUACUUUUCCUAAUCCCGACGAAGAAGUUGGCAUUAAAUUAGAACAAUUAGAUGAUGAAGAUGAUAAGGCCUUAUUAAUGGGUGUUAUGGAUACUAGAGCAGUUACUGCUUUGUCAACGGAUCAGGUGGCCAUUGAACAAGUUUCAGUUAAGAAAGAAGAACCCGAUGAGUCAGCCGAAGACAGUGGCGUAGAAGCUGCCACAGAUAGUGAUGUAGAUUUAAGUCCUUUCAUCAAUACAGUGGAAUUAACUAAAGAGGAAAGCGAAAUUGUUGAAGUUUUAUGGAAACAAGAUGUCGAUUUGGGCUAUAGUCUUACACCCGCCCAAUUGGCUGAUGCUGGUACUUCAGCUAAAGCUUUGCAAUCAUCUAACGCUAAUGACGACGAUAUCGAAAAGUUGAAAGCUUUAGAAGCACUCAAAUUAGAUAAUUCAAAGUAUGAUCCAAAAGAUAUUGAUGACAAUGAUGAUGAUAAUCAUUUGGGAGAUGAAUGGGCUGGCAUACCCUUUACUAUUGAUAAUGAAACUGGUAAGUUUUUCGUAAAAUUUUAUUUAUAUUUUAUAAAUAUAUAAUAAUAAUUUUUAUUUUAACUAUAAAAACAAAAGGACAAUUAUUUCGAAAAUUAGAAAUAUUAAGUAUUGAUAACCUAAAAAUUUUCUGUAGACCGAUUACUUAAAGAUCGUACUUGCUUAAAUCAAGUAUGGAUUCGGGUUUAAAUUUAGAAAACAUUUCUUAAAACAAGUACUUGUCGUGAUCACUUUGUUCCCUAAAAGGUUUAAAUCAUGCUAAAAUCA